CAUUCAAUUCAAUCAACGCUCACCUCCUUGUAACUCUAUUUAUACCCACUUGUCCUUCCUCCCCGUUCAACAAGACUCCUCUUCAGUUUUUUAUUGUUCCUCUUACUUGCUGCAAUGGCAUCCAAGGCUGUGUUGUUUCUGGUUGCUUCUUUUUUCUGUGUUACUGCUGCAAAGGCUUCAUACACCAGUGAAGAGUUCUUGGAGAAGGAUAUUUAUUCCAAAAUCCUAGUAGCCACAACACCAGCUCCUGUACCACCAGCCAAGACUCCUGCUCCUGCACCUCCAGUUAAGGAACCAACUCCUCCUGCUCCUCCGGUAGUCAAGCCCCCCACUCCUAUCCCACCAGUGGUCAAGCCCCCAACUCCUGCCCCACCAGUAGUCAAGCCUACGCCACCAGUGGUUAAGCCCCCCACUCCUACACCACCAGUGGUUAAGCCACCCAUUUCUUCUCCGCCAGUAGUCAAGCCCCCCACUCUUACACCACCAGUGGUGAAGCCACCCACUCCUGCUCCACCAGUAGUCAAGCCCCCCACUCCUGCACCACCAGUGGUGAAGCCACCCACUCCUUCUCCACCAGUGGUCAAGCCUCCAACUCCUUUGCCACCAGUGAAACCACCGACUGGUUCACCAAUGCCCCCAGUCAGGACAAGAGCAGAUUGCAUCCCCCUUUGUGCAGAGAGAUGCAAAUUACAUUCCAGGAAAAACCUAUGUGCGAGAGCUUGCGUGACUUGCUGUGACAGAUGCAAAUGUGUGCCACCAGGAACUUAUGGCAACAGGGAGAAAUGUGGCAAGUGCUACACCAACAUGACUACCCGAGGCAACAAGCCCAAGUGCCCUUGAAAAUUCAGAAAAAUCUCUAUUGUAGUAUAUCCUAAUCUAUCUACAUUAAAUAGUUUCAAAGCAGGAGAAAAGAAAAAUAAUAAUAUUAAGUGUUUCUCUGUUCUGCCAUUAAUUAGGAGCAGGUGUAUUAAUAGAGCAAUCAGUGUUGUCUAUUGUCUUGAGUCAAAUUCUGUGUUUGUCUUAGCUGUUUCCUGGAUUUUCAAAUGCUGAUUGCAGAUAUUGAUAUGUGCUGUUUCAGUAAUAUAUUAAGGGAAGUUCUUUUUUU